AUUAUAAUGCUGGACAUUAAUUUGACUAGGGAUCGAUGUAAACAACAUGGCGGUCGAAGUCGAUAUAUUAAUAUGAGUGAAAAACAGUGUCUAAAUAAUCAAUAAUUAAAACAUGUUACGGCUCGAUAGAUAGUAAUGUAAUUAAAAUAUAAAAGUCAUUUCGACGUACGGCUAAGUAGAAAUUUUAAUGCUUCAUUAUGUCAUCCGAAAAGAUACUCUAUCGCUUGGAUCAGCCUCAUGGUACUGGAACUGUCUACGCUUCCUGGCGUCCUGGUAAUAGUACACAUAUUGCAACUACAGGUUGCGAUUCAUCCGUCGCAAUAUUUGAUAGACAAGGUGAUCUUCAAGAGCGUAUACAAAUUCCUGGAUUAUGUACUGGCUUUGGUUGGGACGCAGAUGGUGAUUUAUUAGCGAUCAUAUCGCAAAACUCUUCUAUAAUAACUUUGUGGGAUGCGACCACUGGUAAAAAGUCUCAAAUGGAUGCGGGCGUUAGGGAUAAUCUAACUUGUAUGAUAUGGGCCAAAAGAAAUUGUCUAUUAGCCGUUGGAACGCAUAAAGGAAAUUUAAUACUAUACGAUCAUAUUAAUGCCAAGCGUAUACCAAUAUUGGGUAAACAUAAGAAACGAAUACUAUGCGGUGCAUGGUCGAUAGAAGGUCUUUUAGCUUUAGCAAGCGAAGAUAAAAUGUUAACGAUCAAUACUAGAGAAGGUGAUACUCGUAGGGAAAUAACAUUGCAAGGUGAUCCAUCUGACAUACAAUUUAGUGAAAUGAAAAUGGAUCAUCGUAUUGGAGGAGAAAAUACAGUAUCUCUUGUCGUCAGUAAAACUACAUUAUUUCUAUAUAAUAUUUUGGAUCCGGAUAAUCCAAUCGAAUUAGCCUUUCAAAAACGUUAUGGUCCAAUUGUUACCUAUAAAUGGUACGGAGAUGGAUAUAUAUUAGUUGGUUUUGAAGCUGGAUAUUUCAUUGCCAUAUCUACUCAUAUAAAAGAAGUCGGUCAGGAAUUAUUUCAAAUAAAAAAUCAUAAGGAUACUUUAACAGAUAUCUCGUUAAGUGAAAAUAUUGGAAAGGUAGCCACCUGUGGUGAUAGCAUUGUCAAAAUACAUAGUUUACAAAAUUUAGAGGAAACAGAAAAAAUGAUUUCUGUGACUGGUGAAACUGGUAUUAGUAAAGUUGAAUGGUCAACGGAUGGUACAAUGAUAGCAGUAGUAACUUACAUUGGAAACGUUCUCAUUUAUUUAGUUGAAAUUCCAAAAUUAACAAGCGUUUGCAGUAAUAGAAUAGCAUUGUUAACAAGUUUAAUUGAAGUUACCGUACACCUUUACACAUUAGAUAAGGAAAAAUCAGAACCACAAAUAAUUAAUACUAUAAUAGAACCAUCUGUAUUGGCUGUAGGACCACUUCAUGUAGCUGUAGCAUUAAACAAUAGAGCACUAUUUUGGGAUUUAUCUACUUAUCAAUAUGACAUUAAUACACAUUUUGAACGUGAUUAUUUAGCAACUGUUGAUAGUAUAUCCUUAAACGAAACAUAUGUUUCCGUUUUAUUCGAUGGAAAAUUACAAUUACAAUUGAUCAAAGUGGAUCAGACGUUAAUAAACAUUGGCAAAGAUACAAAAUUAUUUCCUGAAUCAAAUAAUUUAAAUGAAAGAAUAACGUGCCAUGCAUUGUCAACAGAAUUUCUAAUUUAUGGGACUGAUAUGGGCCGUAUUAUAUAUUUUUAUUUAGAAGCAUUUAAUAAGUCGACAGAGUUUACCCAUAACAAUGGUAUUAAAAAUAUAUAUUUAGAUGCAAAUGGUACACAAUUAUGUUUCAUUGAUAAUAAAUCGGAUGUUUAUUUAUAUGAUCCAAUCAAUGAAAAUAUCAUUCAAGUGCCUGAAUCACCAGAAUCCAUAGAAGGUAUUAUAUGGGAUCAAAAUAUUUUCGAACGUUCGAUAUUUGCAAUAUACAAUAAAAAUGUUAUCGUUACAUAUAUUUUUAUCAAAUACUUUGUCGAAGGUCAAAAGAUAAUCAAAGUGAAUUCAACGAAAUUGCCAUCGGAAGCAUUACCCAUGUUAAUGUAUUCUGGUGAAGUGACAUUAAGCACACCAAGUAGUAAAUUAAUACAAAUAACAUUAGCUUCUCAUGAGGACGUUGGAAAUAUAGUGGAUACCAAAAAGAUCAAUGAGAUAUUCAACAAUCAUAUUAUGUGUAGAAGAUACGACAAUGCUUGGAAUAUUUGCGAUAAAUUAAAUGACAAUGAUCUAUGGUUGAAAUUGGGUCAAAGUGCAAUUGCAAAUUUAAAUAUUGAAUUUGCCAUUAGAGUUUAUCGACGUAUUGAAGAUGCUUCGAUGGUUUGGGCAUUAGAAAAAAUAGAAAAUAUAAAUGAAUUAAAUUUAUUAUGCGGCCAUUCAUCAUUGUUACUUGGAGAUUAUAAUCAAGCUGAGAAAUUCUUUUUACAAUCAACCGAACCAGUACAAGCUUUAUAUCUGCGAAGGGAUUUGAUGCAAUGGGAACAAGCUCUUAGUUUAGCACAGAAAUUAAAAUCCGACGAAAUACCAUUCAUCGCCAGAGAAUAUGCGCAACAAUUAGAAUUUAUUGGAAAUUAUCCAAAAGCAUUGGCCAAUUAUGAGCGUGGUUUAUUCGAUCCAAAUACAACAUCUCAUUUCAAUUUAAAUGAUAUUCAACAUAAAAAUCAAUGUUUGGCUGGUAUCGCAAGAAUGUCUAUUAGAUGUGGUGACAGUAGAAGAGGUGUCAGUAUUGCAAUGGACAAUGACAGUUCUAGAUCAUUGAGAAAGGAAUGCGCAGAAAUUUUGGAAACUAUGAAGCAAAUCAAUGAAGCUGCGUUGCUUUACGAGAAAGCAGAUUAUUUUGAUAAAGCAGCAUCCGCUUAUAUCAAAUUAAAGAAUUGGCAUAAAGUGGGACAACUUUUGCCUCAAAUAUCAUCCCCUAAGAUAAAUAUACAAUAUGCCAAAGCAAAAGAAUCAGAGGGAAAGUAUGAGGAAGCUGCUAAGGCAUACGAAACUGCUAAGGAUUAUGAUAAUAUUAUUAGAAUCAAUCUUGAAUAUUUAAAUAAUCCUGCUAGAAGCGUUGAGAUUGUACAACAAACUAAAAGCAUUGAUGGUGCCAAAAGGAUAGCUAAAUAUUUUCAAAAGAUAAAUGAUUAUAAUUCGGCUAUUAAAUUUUUAAUUAUGUCAAAUUGUCAUGACGAAGCUUUUCAACUUGCCAAUCAGCAUGGUAAAAUGGAAUUAUAUGGUGAAAUUUUAAUAAAUACUAUUGACGAUGAUAAUAACAGAAAGGAAGACUUUAAGAAUCUUGCUGUACAUUUUGAGUCACAAAAGAAUAGCCUUUUGGCAGGCAAAUAUUAUUUUCAUGCUAAGGAUUACCAAAAGGCAUUAAAGCAUUUACUUAAAGCAGCACAAUUAACUGUUGAUGACGACAUGGCAUUAUCAUUGGCAAUAGAUACAGUGGCAUCAUCUAAAGAUGAAAAAUUAGCUAAUCAUUUAAUAGAUUUUUUGUUAGGCUCAGAUGGAGUACCAAAGGAUCCAAAAUAUUUGUUUCGAUUAUAUAUGGCAAGGAAACAAUAUAAAGAGGCAGCGAAAACAGCAAUAAUUAUUGCCAAUGAAGAACAAAUUAAUGGAAAUUACAGAAAUGCUCAUGAUGUUUUGUUUGGGAUGUAUCAAGAAUUAAAAAGAAAUAAAAUAAAUACGCCAUUGGAAAUGCAAAAUAAUUUGAGAUUAUUACAUUCUUACAUAUUGGUAAGACUUCAUGUAAAAAGGAACGACCAUUUACGAGGUGCCAGAAUGUUGAUCAGAGUUGCAAAUAAUAUAUCUAAAUUUCCAUCACACAUCGUACCAAUUUUAACUUCAACAGUUAUAGAAUGUCACAGAGCAGGCUUGAAACAAGCGGCAUUUAAUUUUGCAGCUAUGUUAAUGCGUCCUGAAUAUAGAACACAAAUUGAUAUUAAAUAUAGUAAGAAAAUCGAGGCCAUAGUAAGAAAACCACCAAGGGCUAAAGAUAACGAGCUCGAGGACGAACCUUUAACUCCAUGCCCUUAUUGUAAAAAUAAAGUUCCAGAGACUGAAAUAACAUGUGAUAAAUGCAAAAAUACAAUUCCAUUUUGCAUAGCUACGGGUAGACAUAUCGUAGAAGAUAAUUUUACAGUUUGUCCUCAAUGCGAUUUUCCUGCCAUCAGAAGUGAAUUUUUACGAAUCAUUGAAUCUGAUGAGACAUGUCCAAUGUGUUCUGAACACAUAGAUCCCAAUAUUAUAUCAUCGACAAUUGAUAUCCGUCCAUAUCUUGAUCUUCAAGAAAAUACAAUAGAAAAAGUUUAACUUGUCAAUUUUAAAUAUAUAUAUAUAUUAUUUAUGAUUGCACUAAAAGUUUAUGUUCUCUAAUGUCUUAGAUAAAUGAUAAUUGCAUGAUAAAAAUUUUUAAAUACUCAUAAAGAUAAUUGUACAUAUAUUUAAAUUAUGUAAGAUGCUUAACACAUUGAAUGGUUAAAAAAUAUAUUAGCUUGAUCUUGAUAAACAAUACCGUCCAGUAUAAGUACAAUUUGAUUAUAUUAAUUAA